AUGACGUCGGUUACUAGAACUUGGCAAGCAGCUGGACUGUCAUCUGUCUUGGGCUCCGCAGCUUGUCAGCAAGGUAGUGCAGCAGAUAGAGUGUUUGCCUUAUGUCGGAAUGAGGAUUACGCUACUAUAGGUAGAGUGGCUACGUUGUUAUGGAGUAUAUGGCAUAACCGGAAUGAUAAAAUUUGGAAUGAUAAUUUUAGAAGCCCAAACCAAAUUGGUCGGGCUGCGUUUGAUCAUUGGAACAAGUGGUUUGCAGUCCAUAAGUUGCGAAGUAACGAUGAUCAUGAUGUUCCGCUUGUCAGCACCAAUCGGUGGGAAAAACCUCGUAUAGGAUGGUUAAAGUGCAAUGUAGAUGCAGCAUUUUUUGUCGGUGCAGGUAGGACUGCGAUGGGUGCCUGUUUUCGUAAUAAUUCUGGUGAGUUUAUGGCUGGAAUUACACAGUGGCAACAACUAACUUUAUCAACGGAAGAGGGUGAAGCAUGGACAUUAUUGCAAGCUAUGAAUGAAGCUAGGAGUAGAGGUUUUGAAAACGUCCAAUUUGAAAGUGACUCUCAAGUGUUGGUUUAUGCUAUUCGUACCAAACGAUCAGCUGACAUAUGGUCUUUUGGAAUAACGGCAUUGGAGCUUGCCCAUGGCCAUGCUCCUUUCUCAAAGAAGCCACCGUCGAAGGUACUGCGUACGACUUUCCAAAGUGAUGGCAAAUUCUCUAAGGUCAGCUAA